UACAUUCAGUUUCAUUAUUAUUAAAUAUAACAAAAACUUGCAUUUCUGUGUGUGCUAUGCAAUUUCCUUUUGCUUCUGCGAAUUUCGCUUGCUUUGUGUAUUCGUAAAAUAGAAACGAAAACAAUAACAAAAGCCUUUGUGAAGAUAAAAAUUAUUGAUAGUGCUUUCGUGGUUAUAAGUUAGAGCGAGAUGCAAUAAAAGAAAAUCAGCACAAAAUCCAAGAAGUAAAAAAUAAAAAACAAUCCAAAGGAGGAGAAAGACAGAUACCGAUAUUCGAAAACAGCAUUCAUCGUCAUAAAAAUAAACGGAAAUAAGGAAAUAAGAAAAAAUAAGCACAUACAUUUCGUAUACGCAAGAAUCUCAAAGAAUAAACAAAGGAGGUGUAUCUACAGAAGCUUCGUAUAACGUUGAGCAGCGCCGUCGUUUUAUUUCCUGUUAAAGAAAUUUAUUCUUUGAGCAUCCAAAUAUUCAUAUGGGUUAAUACAAUAACUCAGUAGACAAAAACAAAGAAGUAAAACAUAACAUAUUUAAAUGUAUUUGUAUGUAUGUAUAAAAAAUAUUGUAAAAAGUAGUUUGCAGAUAAGGUAAUUGAUUUUGGGAGUAGAAAAAGAUUUGAAUGCAGCAACCUCCCAACGGCUUUGGCCAACUGCGGACACUAUUGUUUACGCGUAUGUCAUAAUAUGCAACAUAAAAUUUUCCGCUAUAACAAGAAUAACGAGAUAUAAUACAAAAAGAAAAAGAACAAGUGCAGAAUAAAGUUUGUAAACAGCAACAAAUACAACGAAAAGAACUAACACAAAAGCAAAAUAAAUCCACAGCUUGAGAUAGUGAACACCAUUGUAGGUGUAUACGAAAGCUCAGAAAGAUUGUCGACGUAGGUGGAGUUUUAUCUAUAACGUUCAGAACGCUAUGGAGCGUUUCGAUUUAGAAGAUGUGGUUGCACCGCCAACACACACUGCCGAAACGCCACUCAAAGAUUGGCGCCUCAAAUAUCAAGCGGGUACUAUUCAAAAACAAGAUUUCACUGAUUUUUUUCAAAAACAAUCAAGGAAGUAUUUUCAUUACCAUUAUGAAGCAGAGCAAGACACUACUAGACCCAGCUGGGCAGAUGUACUUUCUGCAUUUAGAAACUAUCAAACUACUAGGCUUGAUGGCUCGCGGCCUCGUGGCGCCUUAAGAUGCACUUACAACGAGGCUGGCGCCAAGGAGCACAUCAUAAAUGUUCUCAUGGAGUUCGUGCUCGGUGAUAAUCCCAAAAUUGUGCUAGACAAAUUGCAACAGGAGGGCAAUACGGCCACAGUUUGUGGUAAGGUAUUCAAGAAUGGCGAACCCACAUACAGUUGUCGCGAGUGUGGCAUGGAUCCCACUUGUGUGUUGUGCGUGAAUUGUUUCAAACAAUCGGCUCAUCGCUAUCACAAGUAUAAGAUGUCCACCUCAGGUGGUGGCGGUUGCUGUGAUUGCGGCGAUGAGGAGGCAUGGAAGAAGGAUCACUACUGUGAAGAGCAUUUGCGUGGCAAGGAGAAUCCCAAAGGCAGUACAAUUAUAACUGACGCCAUCAAAGAGCGUUGCGAAUUGGCUUUCACUGCGAUUCUUACGUUUAGCGUAAAUUUCCUGGAAAUCGAACCCAAUGCCAGUCUCGAGUGUUUGGAUGGCGAUGUGGAUGAUGGGGAGGAGGCGUGCUUUUGCACCGUGCUCUACAACGAUGAAUCGCACACAUUCGAUCAGGUUAUACAAACUUUGACGAAAAUCGCCAAGUGUCGGCAAAAGGACGCUAUGGAAAUUGUAGCGAGUAUCGAUCGUGAAGGUCGUGCUGUGGUGAAAUGUGAUACGUUUAGCGAGUGUCAUCAAUUGCAAGAGGCCAUCGAAAAGCAGGGGGUGUUAUCAUUAUCCACUUUGCAAACGGCACGUGCUGCUCAAUCAUUACGCGUUUCAGUGCUAAAUAUACGCGCUGUCGCAUGCCAACAAUUAGCAUUACAAUUACUCACUUGGUUUCAGGAGUUUCUCAUUAAACAUUGCGUUUUCCGGCAGAUAUUCGCACGUCUGAUAAUGGAUCGCAAAGCACCGUAUAGUGUGCGACACAUACUCGAAUAUGAUGUUAAGUUGUGGAAGACAGCGCGCACAUGUUGGCAUCGUCUGCUCAUUUCCGGCAUGCUAAUGGAGUACGAUAACAAAAGGGCAUUAGCGCAAGAAUUCUCCAAACAUUAUGCAUCCGUGGUGCAGGAUUUUAUACGCGACGAUCACGAACAUUCAUUCUCGAUUAUAUCGCUGAGUGUGCAAUUGUUUACGGUGCCAAGCAUUGCGCAUUAUCUAAUGGCGAAUGAGGGAAUUUUUCACAAAUUGUUGCACACCUUUUACCAUGUAGCCGUGGAGACGUACAUUAAAAAUAAAACCUUGCAAUUUUCCAAAACGGUGAACGUAUCGUUUAAACGUGCCGCUUACAUACUCUACGAUCUACGCUACAUAUUGAGCUUUAAGCCCGAUGUUUGGACAGACCCAUUGCGUGAGGGAUUUCUAGAGGGUUGCAAGGCCUUACUCAAACUGUUGAACGUAAUGCAAGGCAUGGAGUCGACAACACGUCAAACUGGCCAGCAUAUGGACUACGAGCCGGAAUGGGAAUGCGCUUUCAAUUUGCACAUCAAAUUGGCCACUACAAUCACUUUGGUGCUGGACUGGUGCGCCACGGAUGCAGCUGUAUUGACCAAACUGUAUCAAAUGGUCAUGCGUUAUCUCUGCAGCAAUGGUUUUAUUGUGGAUAGCGCCACAAAGCGAGAGGAACGUCAUGUGGCCGGACAUGUUGCGGAAUGUUUCAUCUAUGAUGUGUCAUCACGUCCUGUCUCCAUACAUUUGCCGCUGUCGCGUUUCUUUGCUGGCAUAUACUUGCACUUGGGCACCUUUGGGCUUACCUUCGAUAAUGCCGUGGCUGGUAACAAACGUACGCCGGAGGAGAUUAUAGAACCCAUACUGUGUACCCAAACAAUGAUCGCACAGGUACAUGCGGGUAUGUGGCGUCGUAAUGGCUACUCCCUUCUACACCAAUUAUACUUCUAUCGUAUUGUACGUUGCCGUAGCGAAAUGUUGGAUCGCGAUAUUAUUGGCUUGCAGAUUGGGGCCGCUUUAAUAGAAAGCAAUCAAUAUCUCAUACAUAUAUUGAAUAAAUUUAAUUUAAUUAAAUGGAUACAAUCGGAUUAUGAAAAGGAGCUAACAGCACAAGCUGUGGAAGACGACUAUAUGUUGUCCAUGAUUGAAGAGUUUUUGGAAUUGUUAAUUGUAAUUAUUGGCGAACGUUAUGUGCCCGGUGUAUCGAAUGUUACUGAAGAGGAUCGUACUAAAAAAGAGAUUAUACAGCUGCUUUGUAGUAAACCAUACUCGCAUUCGGAGUUGAAUCGUGCUCUACCCGACACAUACAAUGAUACGGCCGUUGAGGAUGUGAUCGACUCUGUGGCAAUUUUCAAGAAACCACAAAAAUCAGACGCGAAGGGGGUGUACGAGCUCAAGGAGGAGUUGUACGACGAGUAUAACAUGUACUUCUACCACUAUACCAAGGAGGAGAAAUCAAAAUCGGAGGAGACACAACGGUCGCGCCGCAAAAGUAAAAAUGAACUUGUCUGCUGUCCACCACCAAAAUUACCGAAAUUGACAGAUGGCUUUGUUUCUAUUGCUAAUCUCUUACAAUGUGAUGUGAUGAUGACGAUAUUGACAACCGUGCUAGAUCGGGCUAUAGAUACGUCUUCGAAAAGCUUUGCAGAGAACCAUUUACAAGAGGCACUCUACCUAAUUGGUUACGGCCUACAAGAGGAACAGUCGGGCUAUUAUCCAUUCCUCUCAUUCUACGUACAGUCACAAAAAUAUAAUAUGCUUUCUAAACUGGAGGAGCUCUCACGCAGCGCACGUGUUGAGGCUCAUCGCGAUUUUUUGCUCUGGACAAUUAAAAAGUUCAAGGAACUACAAGCUAAAGAUAAAUCAAACGAAGAUGCAGAAGCUUGCAGCAUGUCCGCCGAUGGCGAUCUAAGCGAAAUAUCACGUCCACUCACCGCAGCUGAGCAGGAGAAAAAAGAGAAGGAAGAACGUGCACGCUUGGCAGCCGAGCGCCGUGCUAAAAUAAUGGCACAAAUGCAAAAUGCGCAAAAUAAUUUCAUGAAAUCGAAUGCUGAAAUGUUCGCCAGCGCUAACGUACCAGCGGCUAGCCGUGAUUCAACUACCACUAUGGAGUGGCAAGAUGAUGGCACAAAUAUGGAUGAAGAAGGUGCUGUGGCAUAUAAUUCAUUGGCCUGUUUGGGCGUUGAACGCCGUCUGCAACAGCCCGAGGAACAGAGCUAUAAAUGUAUACUCUGUUUUGAAGAUUGCACAGUUACCAAGGAUGGUCCCACACUCGUGUACUCUGCAUUCGUGCAGAAAUCAAAAGUUUUGACGCCUGAUACUAGAUAUCCAUCAUCGGUACAUACGAGCAGCUGUGGUCAUGUAAUGCACGUUGAUUGCUGGCAAGAAUAUUAUAUUAACGAAGAAUCGAAAGAGCAACGCCGACCACAUCGUAGCCGUCAGCCGUUCCCACAAGCACCACAGAGCACAGAAUUUCAGUGUCCCUAUUGUCGUUGUCUGAGUAACUCUGUGCUGCCACUAAGCGCGCCACUAUCGAAAUACUCAAUGCCAAUGGUUAUUCAUAAGGGUGACGAGCUGUUCCCCAUAGAUAUGUGGAUUGAAGUGAUGAAGACGUUGAGCGAUGAACUGAAUAUGCCAUCACUGGAAGACAAUUUCGAAGAUUCUUUGCCGCCAGCGCAUACCAUAUUGUCGCGAGCAAAUCUUUGCGCCAACAUCGAACAGUUUGAGCGUAUUGCACAACCCAUUGAUCCGGUAGAGUUGCCAGGUAGCUGGAACACUUUCAUGCAACGUUACAUAAAAUCGGUGUGUCAACAUGCCCCAACUGAAUUCGAAAAGUCCGAAAAAGUCGGUCUACUCUGGCUAUGGCACACAUGCAUCUACACAGUGCAAGCACUGGAAGUUUAUCUGCGUGCCGUUAAUAAGCCAUUUAGUUGCGAAAUGUCCAUAAGGCAUAAAAGUUGCUUAAGUGGACUGAUACGUGCGUCGUGCUUAAGUGGCGCCAAUUUGAGCUCUGCCGAUGUAGCAAGUUUGAAAAAGGCAGCAGCACAAAUGUUGGAUACAGUCUUCAAGCAGAAGAGCGGCUCGGUGGUGGAGUGGAAUUGCUUCAGUAUAAUGGUGCAAAUGAUAUGCAUAGUUCCCAAUCUACUUUUCUCGUCUUCGCACAAAGCUGUGGUGGCCAAUGGCAGCAUGAUGGACUUUUAUACAAUGCAAUUAUUAUUUAUGGCAAAUAUGGUAAAGGCAAUUGUGCUCUUCGAACCGCCCACAACAGACAACGGCAUGGCAAUGGAUGUUGAUGAGGAAUAUGAGCAAGAAGUAAAAGAUUUACCACAAAGAAUACUCGAUAAUAUAGCCGAAUUUUAUCGCAAAUAUAAUUUUGCCGCACGUCGACAAGCGCUUUCAACUACACAACAACAGCAAAAACAACAAGCACGACCACAAUCAGAAACACAGUCACAGUCACAGUCACAGUCACAACCGCAAACCCCACCUAAAUCAGAUGAGGCUUCAACACAAGAAACGCAAUCAACAGAUACAAUAUCCCUCAAUGACGAGGCUACAACGAGCGCACAUAGUGUUGAUGAUAGCAUAAAAGUACCGUGCGAUUUGAAGACUAUUGCUGCACUUUAUGAACACAUCAAAAUGGAAAUGACUGAAUUUUUGCGUUGCUGCUGUUUGUUCUUCCACUUUGUUACCGACGUAGAAUUCCCCGACGAGCACAGCAACGCCAAUAUGGAUAGUUAUAAGGGUAUGUGUGAAUACUUGGGCUUAGAGCAUGGUUUGCAGGCAUAUUUCGAUAGUGCUGGUUGCUUUGCAUCGAUAUUAGAGACAUUUGCAUCGCAUCCUGAUAUAGUUUACUGUGACUUGGUGACUAAAAAGAAACGCUGUGGCAGAGAUUUUGCUUUAGUACCCUGUACUUUACCAAUACCAAAGUUGGUAGAUUUACCUGAAGACUAUAGCGAUCUUAUAAACACUGUUUCGGACUUUGUUUGCCCGAAUAGUGAGCGUGAAGAGAUGAAAACGCCAACCAUGUGUUUGAUAUGUGGGAAAAUUAUCUGUGCACAGUCCUUCUGUUGUCAGCCGGAAUUAGAUGGACGCGCUGUGGGCGCUUGCACUUAUCAUGCGCAUUUCUGUGGUGCAGAGAUUUCUGUUUUACUGCGCGUACGUGACUGUCAAAUCAUCUAUUUGGGUCGCAGUAAAGGUUGCUUCGUACAACCACCUUACUUGGAUCAGUAUGGUGAAACUGAUAUGGGUCUGAGACGUGGCAAUCCAUUACGUUUAUGUCCAGAACGUUACCAAAAACUGCAGCUAACAUGGCUGAGUCAUGGUUUGUACGAAGAGAUUGCCCGACUUAAUGAUAACACGUCCGUUGUGCCAACACAGUGGCAUCACAUGUAGUCGUUUUGGAUGCGGCCAACACAACAACGAUGUCGUGCGUAGAGUAUAAGCGCGACCACGAAAUGCGAGGUAGAGAAAGUUGGCAAUUGACAUAGUAUGUGAUUUGUGUGUGAGCUAAAUGAAACAACUUUAAUGGGAAUAUUUUAGUAUAGCUUUUCUUUUGUCUAGUUCUAGUUAAAGAAAAAGAAAAAAAAACACACACAUACAAUAGAAUGCUAUUCCCGCUGCGGUUGUAUAGAUUUGCCUUUUGGUUUUGUAAAGUAAUACUAUUAUUAUUUUUUUAUUUUAUUUAUUAUGAACUAAUUAUAAUACAUAUGAAUGCAGCGUUAAGAUGAUGCUCAAGCGUCUGUUAGCCAAAAAUACGAAAAUCCUGGAGGGCAGUUUAGUUUGUAGUGAAUAAGAUAAAAUCGCAAUGCUUUUCAAGAUACACAACAACAUAUAAAUACAUAUACUUUUACCAUAUACAUUAUCUGUGACUGUUUGACGUAUCUAAAAACAAAAAAAAAAAAAAAAUAGAAAACAAAAAGAAGCAAAUAAGUUUGGAAAUGAUGCUAAAAUCAAUAAAUUAAACAAAAACCUAACUGCACACAGUACUUUUCUGGCACUCGUUAGAACUUUCGCUCUAUAUGCAAUACUACUAUUUACAAAAAAAAAA